UCCUUCCUUCCUUGGAGGUUACGGGUAUAGUGAGGAAAAAAGGGGGCAGUACAGCUCCGCCGCAUUGCUAUGUGAGAGCCCUAGUGACCCCCGAGAGAGGGAGUUGCCUUUACUUAGCUGACCGACACCGGCAACAUCCAUGCGUGUCUGAAAAAAACAGGUGUACGGUUUCAUCACACGGACACUGCACUAGCCUCUCUGUAGCUGCCUGUGUCUGUGUGUGCAUGUGUGAGGACUUCAGUCAUUUCACAUGGAAGAAUAAGAGGCUGAUUACCUGGCGAUGUUGCGGAAUUAGUCGACAGAGCAUGCAUGAAGUCGUUGUAAGGCAUUAAACAGGGUCACAUCUCGGAAUAAAGCUUGACCGGGAGGAGAGACUUAUUCUGAGCAGUGGGAAGAAAAAACGGGGAAAAACUGAAUAUAAGAAGAGAGAGAGGAAGGAAAAGGCAUCUGGGCACACGGCUCACCUACACCUGACUCUUCUUAGCAAGUCUUCAGUCUUUUGGUUUUAUGACGGAAAGUGUGUCCCCCUGCAGUAGACCAGUAAGAAGUGCUCUUCAAUAUGAAUACAGAUAGCGGAGGAAACGCUCGCAAAAGUGUGGCCUUGUCGCUCAUACUCUCUCCCGUGAAGAGGGUCCAGAGCUCACCAAAUCUAGCCACAGGGAGUGAGUCUCACUCAUCAGACUUGGAUUCUUGGCGGUCACGCAGUGCAACAGAUGGCCUUAAGAAUGGAGAUGCCAGCAGCUCAUCUCUUGCUUCCAAAGGCUUCCGCAGUGUCAGACCCAACCUGCAAGAAAAAAAGUCACCAACACAGGAUGUUAAUCACGUGCCAUCCCCACCCCCUAGAAGAGAUAGUUUUCACUUCUCGUCCACUGGCACUGAUCCACCAGCUUACAGUUCCCUCAUUGCUCUGGCUAAUGAUUUGAGCCCUGGAACGCUAACAUUCACUCAGAAUGAGAAAGCAGUUUUGAAAGAGUCCUACACUAUUAAGAGCACAUCUUCUUACUCCUAUACAGAGACCAGUUCAAACCCAGCCCAACAGGUUGAACAGUCCACUGUCCCGAAUGAUAUUAGCAACUGUAGUGCAUCUGCCACCAUUAAUACACAGGCUCAGGAGCGUAAAGUUUCUUCCCUCAAACUCACCCCUGUCACCAUCCCUGACCCCCCGGCUCACUUCAACUCUUACAUUGAUCCCACACCUAACACCCAGACCACCGGUUCCCCUUCACCCAAAUCCCCACCUACACAAAGCGGUCCCACCCCCUCUCAACCCUCAACACAGACAGCCUUGCUUUCUGUCAAUAUGGACCCCAAAAACCUGAAACAUCCACAGCCUCAGCCUUCCAACCCUACAGUGGCGCCCAAGGUCCCAAAUCGAGCCUCAAGUCUAGCUCCAUCCCAGGUGGAGAUGACGAACGCUCCUCCUGCGGUACCACCGAGACCUUCUCCUGCAGAUCUGUUGCACUCUCCUCCUUUCCUCCUCUCCCAAUCAACUCCCUCUCAGGGACCUCCUUCCCCCGACCCCACAGCACAGCACUCCCCUUAUCGCUGCCACAGUUCUGACUCACUCGACUACCUGUCAGGCCUUAUGCCCAAGGCUCUAUCGCCCACCCCAUAUGUCCCUAGCGGAGCUGGCAGCACUGCUGGUGCAGUCAGUGGGCCGAGCUUUACUACAGUCAGCAAUGUGAACAUCGGUGGCGUGUCACCCUCCGCUUCCCCCGUGACGGUGUCAGCUCUCAGCCACUACUCUUCGUCCACGGCGGGUCUGCUGGACGAGCUGCAGAUCUGCAGCCUGGACUCACCUGACGCCUCACCCACACCAUCGCCCACCCUCAGCCAUGUCUCCACCUACACAUCCACUGCUGGCCUUGAUGAUGUGCUAACAACCUCUGUGGCCUCCACUGCUGCAGCAGCCACUGUCACUAACGGCCAGGUCCUCUCUCACGCUAUGAAUGGAAGUACUGGCCAUCCGCAGAGGCCCCUCUCUCCCCCAUCUUAUCCUCCUCUCCCCGCCUCACUCCACACGAGCCUCCAGAGACAGAACCGGAGCUCAGCAGGCAGUGAAUCACUCACAAGAGAGUCUGUGGUGUCCGGCUACACCACCGUCAGCAACACAGUGCCCAUCGCUCGCUUCUCAGAGGAAGAGAAAAAGGUUUCUGUCAUCAAAGCGCCCCAUUAUGAAGGCAUCGGCCCUGUGGAUGAGUCUGGCAUCCCUAUCGCCAUCCGCACGACGGUGGAUCGGCCCAAGGAUUGGUACAAAACUAUGUUCAAACAGAUCCACAAGGUUCACAAAGCAGAUGAUGACUAUUCUGACACAUACAAUGCAACAUACGCUGUCAUUAACAAUGAAGACUACAGCCCAUCGUCCACCACCACCAUGGCACACCCCCCACCACGGACACAUACCUACAGACCACUUGCUAAGAGCCCCUCGGACAACGGAGGGCAUCUGGGUCCUCGGGAACCUUCGCCAUCCCCUGUACCUCCACCACCGCCACCCAUGCCCUCCCUCCUCCAGCUGAGAGCCAGAGACAGCGACCGUGAUAAAGAUGCACCAGAUAUGAAUGAAUGGGGUCCUCCUGACAGGAAAGUUGACACACGAAAGUACCGCGCCGAGCCCAAGAGUAUUUUUGAAUACGAGCCUGGGAAGUCCUCAAUAUUGGAACACGAAAGACCAACCUAUGAUGACAUAGAUUUAGAGAACGAGCCUUGGUAUAAGUUCUUUUCCGAGCUGGAGUUUGGGCGGCCGCCUCCUAAAAAAAGGCUGGAUUAUAAUCCAGACAUCUCGGCUCGCCAGCGCAUUGAGACAUCUCUGCACAUCCCUCCUGCUGACAAGGCUCCAGAGAGACCUGCAAGUGUUGCCAGCGACUACAGGAAGAGAAGGAAGUCUGAGCCUUCAAGUUCUCAAGCUAAUGCCCAAUCUCAUCAGGGCAGAACUGUGACUUCCCCUAAACCAGUGGAUGCCUACAGACCUAGCAGCACCAUAAAGAAACCUGUCAUUCGUUCCUCACCAUCCUCACCCUCCAGAGCCAAAGGUGGGGACGCAUGCAACAUGUAUUCAAACAGUUUGACCUCCCCAGGUUCUUAUCAAGGCCCCUAUCUGCCCCCUAUCCCUGCUGAGCCUGUUCAUUGCCAUGAGGAUGCCAGCCAGGACGGAAGCUCCUCCUCCCAGCAGACUAUCUGUUGUACGAACAGUUGGCAGACUACACACCAGGAUACUGACACAUGGAGCAGUGCAGAGGAGGCACUGCCCCCAACUGGCAAACUAAAGUCACGCAGCUGUGAUGAUUUACUCAAUGAUGGACGUCCUGGCUCAAGUGGGCGCAAUGCCAUGCGCUCAGAAAGUGCUGGGUCACUUGUGUGUGAUGUUAAUCCCUCAGGUACAACUGGAUCCACCUCCACUCGCUCAUUGCCUCGUCUCCACCGGCGACGGGCACAUGAUUCUCCGGGCUUUCUCCAGCUGUAUCGUAAGAUGCACCACAUUGACCGAGCUCAGCUUAUUCCAUCUGAAGUCAUCCGUUCAGUUCGUGCCCGCAUCCUGGAGCUAGAGUCACAGCCUCACUUGCAUCGGCAUCGCCUCUCUCCUUGGACACCCUCUUGGGGUGUUGAUGUGCCACGCGAUAUGGUGCCAAAUCGCAUUUCUACAUAUGAGCAACUAAUUCAGAAGUCCAAAUCGAUGCCCAACUUGGGUGACAGUGAGUUGCCGUCAGGCACUACCACGCCAGGUGGCUCGUCAUCUCGAGCCAGCAGUGGUGGUGGUGGCACACCCAGUUUCCCAAAACGGCGUUUCUCCAUAGAAUCUUUACUAGAGGAAGACAACAACGGCAACAGUGCACCAGUACCUCACACCAUGGAUCACUUGCAUCGACCUCGUAGCCCACCUGAGGGCCAGCCCAGAGUUGGGCCAGAGCCUGGCCGUGGGCGGUCCUUUCCUGCUCCUCCUGUUCCUCAAGGCCCACGAGCCAACCCAGACUACUCUGACAGUGAACAAGACGCUGUUGCGUCAGACCUCAGUGACUUCAUCCAGGUGGAGGGCUCUUCAUUUUGCAGCGAGAGUGACUUUGACCAUUGCUCACUAACCUCCUCUGAGAGCUUGUACGGCUCUUCCACCCUCCACCAACAGCACCACCACCUCCGUCAUCAUCAUCACCAUCAUCAUCACCACCACCCUGGCCACCAAAGUCUAGGCCAGAGCCAGGGCUACCAACACCGCCACCUCAUCAGCACCUGCAAAGGCCGCUGUCCGGCCUCUUAUACCCGUUUCACAACAAUGCUUCGCCAUGAGAGAGAACGAGCGCGCCAGGAACACCAGAGACCUUCACAGCAGAGUCGCAGCAGCCAUUCCCAAAUCCAGAGCUCACAGUCCCAACAAGCAAUGUCCAAGCUGGCCUUCCUGGUCAGCCCAGUGCCUUUCCGCAGGAAAAAGGGCUCACCACCUACCUCUAGAAGAACCAGUGGUGGCGAAGGUCGGGGUUGUAGACCCAAGUCCAAACAGGCCAUUUAUGAAGCACUAGAUGCUGCCUUGAGAGACAUAUAUGAGCACAUCCAAGCAGAGAGAGGCCACAGAGGCACUAGGGCACCUGAUGAAAGCAUCCUGAGGAGAAUACUGUCCGAACUGCUGCCAAACGUGCCUGAACGAAGCUCCUCGUUGCGGGGGAGGAGGGGGGGUUGGCAUGGAGGUCCCUCCUCCUCUGCAUCAUUGUACCCAGAUGGGAGCCCCACUGGGUAUGCCUCAUAUAGAGGGGAUCCAUCCACACCACAGUUACAGUCACCACGGCUACAGUCACCAAUCAGUGCCUGUUAUGAACGCCAUUCGGACACCUCAAACAAUAAUGAUUAUGGAGAGGAGCAGGGCAAUGGAAAUGGUCUCUGUUAUUCAGACCAGGAUGUCUCCAGGAGUUAUUCCACAAUGGAUGGACGCCGCACACCCCAGAGUAGAAGACCUACUCCAGACAGAGAGGUCUCCCAUAAACAGAUGACACAACUUAUUCUGUUCUCUCUCCUCCAUCAGAACCAGCCCGCGAGAGCCAUUUAUGAUUUUAAGGCACAGACAGCUAAGGAGCUGACAUUUAAGAAAGGCGAUGCAGUGAACAUCAUCAGGCAGAUAGACAACAACUGGUAUGAAGGAGAGCACCGUGGACGGGUGGGGAUAUUUCCUAUAUCGUAUGUAGAGAAGAUGCCGUCCUCAGAGAAGCAGCAACCGAUCCGGCCACCUCCGCCAGCACACGUCAGAGAGAUUGGAGAGGCAGUGGCUCGCUACAACUUCAAUGCUGAUACUAAUGUGGAGUUGUCUCUCAGAAAGGGUGAGAGAGUCAUUGUGAUCAGGCAGGUAGACCAGAACUGGUAUGAGGGGAAGAUCCCAGACACAACCAAACAGGGCAUUUUUCCCGUUUCAUACAUUGACAUCGUUAAGCGCUCCCCGUCCAAGAGCUCCGCCCACCACAUAGACCCACAUGGUUACCCAGGAAACAGGACACCAAGCUCCACACCCAUCAAGCGAUUAGUCCAGGAUGCACUCCACGGUGGAGGAGACCCGUACCAGGCCCUGUACAACUACCAGCCUCGCAACGAAGACGAGCUGGAGCUGAGGGAAGGAGACAUUGUGGAUGUGAUGGAGAAGUGUGAUGAUGGCUGGUUUGUUGGGACCUCUCGAAGGAGCAAGUUGUUUGGAACGUUCCCAGGAAACUACGUGAAGUAGCUAUAAUGAUGAUUCCAGACCCCUUUGGCCCCGCCUCUUUCUGUGACACCCGCCCGUCAGCACAGCACCCGCAGGCCACCAUCAUCCCGAAAGUUGCCGCCCCAAGACCCCGUCACACAUUUAUGUAUUUGCGCGUAUGUGUGGCUGGUCGGCUUCACACAGACAGAACGUUUAGCUCUAACUAGCCAUCUUUGACGGAAGACUUCUAUAAAAUAAUGUUGUUUUUUUAAUCUUAUCUUUUUAUCCUUAUUUUUCUAUCAUGGAGAACCCAAACUUUGUGCUCCAGUCAGUGACCUUUAACUUUUGACACUGAUGGAGGGAUAUUGAAGGAACUUUGCAAACACUCAAUGAUAGUAAACCGUUGUGCACGGCUGUCGUGCUUUUCUUCUUGUUUCAACCAUUUAAAGGCAGUAAAAUCACCACAAUCACCCUUUUUUCUUCUUCUUUUUUUUAAAUUUCAGCUUCAUAUUUUAAAAAAAAAACACUUGUUACAAUUCAUUUCAGUGUUUAAUCACAAAUAUCCCCAAAGACAUUCAGUGCAGAGAGUGUUGUAAAAACAGUAUUCUGUCAGUAGGUCUGUUGUGCAGCCAUGUCAGGUAAAAGGUUAUUACUUCCCACAGUUACAUGUGGAAAGACAUGCAUGUGUCAAUGUUAUGUGUUACCCAAGGUAUUGAUUGGUUGAUAAAAGCGUGUGGAUAUAUUUUAUCCUGAAACACUAUCAUGAAUUACUGCUAAUAUUGCAAAUGAGAAGUGGAGAAAAAAAAAGAUCAUUGACAUGUUUUUUCCUGCUGUCUAAAAUGAAUACAUUAGAUAUAAAGUUUUACAUUAGAAAAUACAAAAAAAAUAUUUUCAACUUGUUGGUUUCAAUGUUCUGUCAUCUUCACGCUAGGAUUGAUGCACUUUAAUGACUCUUUAACACAAAUUUGUGUUUGUUUUAUGUCAAAAUUUCACUUUGGAUUUUUACACAAGAGAGGUUACUCUGACGGCGGGGCUUUCGGGGGAUCUUGGUCAUGUGGGGAAAGUGUAUGCAAGAAAAAGGUUAACGGCCUUUUAGGUAUUAUAUUUAUUAGAGGAAGAACGCUGGUCAAACUGUUAAAAGAUGAUUGUAGAAAGGAUGGGACAAUAUUAUGCGUUGUACUGUAUUGAGGAAGUGAACAUCUUUCAACAGCAGCGAACCCACAUUUAAAGGAUUGUUAUUUUAUUAUUACAUUAAGUACCAAUAACACACUGUCAAUGGGCUAUAAUGGAUUGCCAUGUUUUAUGUUGAAUUUAUUUAUGUCAGACGCAGGAUGAAAUGGUAUCUUCUCAGAGACUCCGCUCAUGUAACUGCAGUUUUUCCAUUAGAUUGCAGUGGCAUGUUGUUACCCUGCUGUCAGAGUGAGAGGGUAGUGUGUCACUGUUUCAUGUGUUUAUAUAAUAUUUUACUUAUUGGUAAUUUCCAUCUUAGCUUGUCUUGCUCAGUGAGUAUGAUUUAUUGUUUUCUCAUUUUACAUGUUUCACAUAGAAUGGACACUGACAACAAAGCUAUUGUUAAAGCACCUUAAGAUAUAUUUUGUUUUAUCAUUCAUUGUCCCUCACGUCACCUCCUGUCAUUCACUAUUUCAGCCGAUUUGCUAUGUGUGUGCGUGUGUGUGUGUAUGUGUCUGUGGGGGUUUUUGUAAGCCUUUUGUAUGAGAGCUGUAAAAUGGCCAACAUCCACUUGCUUUAUAAAGUCAGCUUUUUCUCACCCACCAUCACAUUUGGUUUCUUCUCUUUUUUUCUUCCUUCAUGUUUUCUUCAUCAGUGGUGCUACUUUUCACUUUUUUUGAAAAGCUGUUAUCGUAGCCGGGCAUGUAGGCCUUUUUUCCUCCAGUUCUUUGUGAUUCAGUUGUUUAAGAGUCAGUGACGUAUUUAAACAAAAGUUACUGUUAGGUAGACUGAGUAGAGUUGGUGAUUGCUGCCUUAUAGCCAACUCACUAAUUUAAUAGCCAUGUAUAUGUAAACCUCUUCUGUGAUGCAAAAAAUUAAUUUAUGCAUAUAUGUAGUCUAGAAAACAUCAGGAAAGUGUGUCAAAGUGUGCACAGAACAUAACUCCAUAGUGUUGAAGCGUACAGCGAGCCUCUAGUCUGCCUUUGAUACUACGAUAUGAACAGAUUUGGAACGAAGACGUGAAUUUGACUCCUGAUAUGUUUAUACAUGUAACAAAACUGUAAAUCUUAUAUGUUAUUCAUGUUAUUAUCAAAUUCAAUGCACACACUUGAAGUAUUUCUACAGUAUCUUAGCAUUUGUUGGAUGAUUUUAUGGGGCUGUAUUGCUAAUAAA